AUGAGACGGCAAUCGUUCUGCCAAAGCCUCAGCAUCGGCAGUGAGCCGCAAAUAAUCGUGGAGGAGAGUACACUCGGCGAAGAGGAGGCUGAUAAGCGCAGGACUGAGUCUCCACCGCGAUGCCUGGAUCCAGACUCACCUUCUCUCAAUCCGUAUUUACUCUCUCCGUUUCGAGAAGCACUGCGGAAACAUUCGUUACCCACUCUGCAGUGCACACCUGGGAUCACUGCUUCACAGGUGAGACGAUUGAGUGAACGAGGUGGUGGAGCCUCUGGGCCGACGCCUCGUGAAGCCGAAUUUCUGGCAACCCUCUCACAAGCUCCAGCUCCACAACCAGGUGGUAGAAGGCACUCAGUCGUGACAAUUUCCAAAGUUCCGCCAACUCUAUUUGGCCGAGGUAGACGAGAGUCAAUAGCCGCUGUUCCCAUGGGUGCCACAAGGAUACUCCCGAAGCGACGUGACUCAGCCUCAGGCAUGACUGGACCCCCCAGCAACUCUGGAAGUACUCACAACCUACAAUUAGAUAUUAUGGACGAUAUUGCUGAGAUCAAAGCGAGGAAGGUACGCCUAAAGAUGUGGAGAACAUCCUCACACGAGCGAAUGUGCGAAGUCCAGCCCCUGGAAGGUCCCUCAUCAUCCCAACGUUACACUCAGCAGUCCCGUCGUCACUCAGACCUCCCUCCUCCUCCAACAGCCCCAGCCCCCCGGAGACGAGCCUCCGAGCUCCCCCCCUCCACCCGCCGUACCCCCGGCAUCGUCUGUUCAAACACUGACCUCAUCUCCAUCCUCAGUUCCCUCACCUCCUCCGCCACCGAGAUAAAUCGCUGUGGGGAGGAUCCCCCGAAAGAAGAAAAAGCUAAACCCCUCCAGCACGAACGAAAACGCCUCAAGGACAGGUCAAACAGUUUCGAUGUAUCCAUUCUUCACGGGACUAAUCUCAAGGUCGCUGACGCGGAGAAGACGUCAGGCACCUCCUCAUGGUUUGUCAACAGACAUCAGCCCAUGUGGAAGAAGCAAAAGUCGUCUGAAGUCGAUUUCCCAAGUCUCAACACGAAGCUUGACAAAGCCAAGGUCAUGAAAGUCGUCAACGACAAUUUAGGGAGGAGUGGGAGCCCUCCGACGGAGAGAGUCCGGCAGAAGGUCCUGUGGGACGACACCAGUGGAACCAAGGUCGACGCUCAAGUCCUCGGGAGCGCCAUCGAGGGGUUCCUGACAGCACAGAGAAGCUCUGACGGCGAUCAUGGGGGCUCAGGGGGAAAAGGGGGUGGAAAGGGCAAGGGGAAGGGGUGGUUUGCGGGAGGUGGAAAGGAGGGAGAGACGAGCGAGGGGUGCGAAGCAUCCAUCUGCUCGUCUUUGAAGGAUCUUUUUGUUAAGUAAAUUCUUCGGAUAGAAGGUGGGGUUUUUUAAGGUCACGAGGGUCUUUGCUGGUCAAAGAUCUUUUAAUGGUUAAUUUGGGAGGAAUGGGGGAGGGGAGAGUCGGAAGUUCUGGGGUUUUAGAUAUAAAACUUCUGGGGGUUUUUGAUGAGUCUAGUGAAGAACGGGGCGAUCUUGUGUUUACAAUCUCUGUAGUAAAAAAAGUUUAAAAAAAUUGUGAAGGACUAAACUUCAUUUAGGGUUGAACAUUCUUAAAAGUCAAACGGGAGGGACGAGUUAAGUACAGUAGAAUCUCGCUAUAGUAGAGUCUCCCUAUUAUUGUGGCCUUGAGACUGAAAAUUCGCCGUACUGGGCUGAAAUUCUGCGCAU